UACCCUUAGCCCUUUUUUGUUCGCCUUGGUGAUGGACGUCCUAACUCAAGGUGUUCAAGAAGGGGUCCCAUGGUGCAUGCUUUUCGCGGAUGAUAUCGUGCUUAUCGACGACACACGUGAGGGACUAAACGAUAAGUUGGAACGAUGGCGUCUUGCCCUUGAGACUAAAGGAUUCAGAAUUAAUAGUAACAAGACUGAAUACAUGGAAUGUCGUUUCAGCGGCCGGGAAACAGAAUCAGAAGUGGAAGUUAGGAUUGACUCUCACGUAGUACCUAAGGUAGACAGGUUCCGAUAUCUUGGCUCGGUAAUCCAGGCGGAUGGGGAGUUAGACGGGGAUGUUGGACAUCGUGUUGGAGUGGCUUGGGCCAAAUGGCGGUUGGCCUCAGGGGUGUUGUGUGACUCGAAGAUUUCACCCAGGAUGAAAGGUAAGUUCUACCGAUCCGUAGUCAGACCUGCUAUGUUAUACGGGGCAGAGUGUUGGGCGGUUAAGAAGACUCAUGUGCGUCAUCUGCAUGUGGCGGAGAUGCGGAUGUUACGAUGGAUGUGUGGGAAGACAAGGUUGGAUAGGAUUUCGAACGAAGUUAUUCGACGUCAGGUAGGCAUGGCGCCGGUGGAAGAUAAGUUGCGGGAAGCGAGGUUGAGAUGGUUUGGGCAUGUGAGACGUCGGGAUGCUGAUGCCCCUGUACGGAGGUGCGAGAGGAUCACGGUUAUCGGGGGAGGUAGAGGAAGGGGUAGACCUAGGAAGAAUUGGAAGGAGGUGAUUAGGCAGGAUUUAGGACUUCUCACCCUGACUGAGGAUAUGGCUUUAGAUAGGAAUCUUUGGCGGACUAGGAUUAAAGUAGCUGGUUAGGAGCGCGGUGCUGCAGAGGUUUUUAUAGUGUGUUGUGUUUGAUUGGAAUCUUCUACUUUUGCUUGCUGGACUUUCAUUUCAUUGUACUUGGUGCUUUAUCCUGUUAUAUCCUGUUAUAUCAUGUUAUAUCCUGUUACCCUGUUAUAUUGUGUUCCCUACCAUAUUUUUGUGCAGGUUGAGCCGGGGGUCUCUUGGAAACAGCCUCCCUACUUCUCCCUACUUCCGAGUAGGGGCAAGGUCUGCGU